CUGGGCCUGAUCGAUGGUUCCACUUGUCCGCUGCCGUCUUGCUGUGUCGUCUCCCCGAACCUCCUGUGCGCGUUGAUUUGCAAGUCAGCCCAACGCGGCCAUAAUCGAUAGGUGCCCAACAUGGCCACUAUACGCAGUCUCGACCAUACCAAAUCUGAGGCCGAGCUGGCCAUCAACAUCAAGAAGGCAACGAGCCCCGAGGAAACGGCCCCGAAGCGGAAGCAUGUUCGGAGCUGCAUUGUCUACACAUGGGAUCACAAGUCCUCCCAGUCGUUCUGGGCUGGGCUCAAGGUCCAGCCCAUCAUGGCCGACGAAGUCCAGACAUUCAAGGCCUUGAUUACUGUCCACAAGGUUCUCCAGGAGGGCCAUCCGGUGACGCUGAAGGAAGCAAUGGCGAACAGAGGGUGGAUCGACAGCUUGAACCGCGGAAUGGCCGGCGAGGGUGUUCGCGGUUACGGCCCCCUAAUCAAAGAAUACGUCUACUACCUGCUAUCGAAGCUCUCUUUCCACAAGCAACACCCGGAGUUCAACGGCACAUUUGAGUACGAGGAGUAUAUCAGCCUGAAGGCGAUCAAUGAUCCCAACGAGGGCUACGAGACGAUCACCGACCUCAUGACCUUGCAAGACAAGAUCGAUCAGUUUCAGAAGCUGAUCUUCUCGCACUUCCGCAACGUGGGCAACAACGAGUGUAGGAUAUCCGCCCUUGUGCCUCUGGUGACGGAGAGCUAUGGCAUAUACAAAUUCAUUACUAGCAUGCUCAGGGCCAUGCACUCAACUACCGGUGACAACGAUGCCUUGGAGCCACUCCGUCAGAGAUACGACGCCCAGCAUUACCGUCUCGUCAAGUUCUACUACGAAUGCUCAAAUCUCCGGUAUCUCACGAGUCUCAUCACCAUCCCGAAGCUGCCGCAAGAUCCGCCAAACCUCCUGGCAGAGGACGAGAACGCGCCCGCUCUGCCUGCGCGCCCUAAACAGGAGAUUGAGAAACGGCCAACUCCGCCUCCAGUGCCGAAAAAUGACGAGCCGGACGAGAUCUCGGAAUUCUGGAAGAGCGAAAUCGACAGGCAGAACCGGGAAUACGAGGAGCAGCAGCGGGUAUUGGAAGCGCAGCAGCAGCAAGCCCUGCUCGCGCAACAACAGGCCCAGCUUCAGGCACAACGCGAGUUUGAAGAGCAGCAGCGGCGAUUGUUGGAGCAGCAGCAACGGGAGCAGGAGGCCUUGAGGGCUCAGCAGGCACAGUGGCAGACGCAAGGCCGGCUGGCCGAGCUUGAGCAGGAAAAUCUCAGUGCCCGGGCGCAGUAUGAGCGCGACCAACUGAUGCUCCAGCAAUACGACCAGCGGGUGAAGGCUCUUGAAAGCGAACUGCAGCAGAUCCAGAACAACUACGGCCAACAAGUGUCGAGCAAGGAUGACCAAAUCCGUGCCCUCCAGGAGCAGGUCAACACUUGGAGGACCAAGUAUGAAGCGCUGGCGAAAUUGUACUCUCAACUCCGCCAUGAGCACCUUGACCUGCUCCAGAAGUUCAAGUCAGUCCAACUCAAGGCUGCUUCUGCACAAGAAGCAAUUGACCGGCGGGAGAAACUGGAGCGCGAGAUCAAGACAAAGAACCUCGAGCUUGCGGACAUGAUCCGGGAACGGGAUCGGGCUCUGCAUGAGAGAGACAGGCUGCAGGGCUCCAACAAGGAUGAGGUGGAAAAGCUGAAGCGGGAGCUCCGGAUGGCGAUGGAUCGUGCAGACAACCUGGAGCGGAGCAAGGGCAACGAGCUCUCCACGAUGCUUUCCAAGUACAACCGCGAGAUGGCGGAUCUCGAGGAAGCACUACGGAACAAGUCUCGGGCGCUCGAGGAAGCCCAAGCCAAGUUGAGGGACGGCAGCUCAGACCUCGAGGCGCUUCUCCGCGAAAAAGAGGAAGAGCUCGAGGUGUACAAGGCAGGCAUGGACCAGACGUUGAUUGAGCUCAAUGAGUUGAAAAACAAUCAGGGCACUACGGACCAAGUGCUCGACGGUCAGAUUGAUGCCCUGGUCCUUGCGCAGCUGGACAAGAUCAACGAAAUCAUCGACUCGGUGCUCCAGGCAGCGGUACAGCGCGUCGAUGAUGCCAUCUACGAGCUUGACUCUACGAUGCAGGCCGGCAACCAAAACGCUUCUCCCUCGUACGUUCUCUCCCAGAUCGAGAAAGCGUCUGCCAGCGCCACCGAGUUUGCGACUUCCUUCAACAACUUCAUCGCCGACGGGCCGGGUAGCACCCACGCAGACCUGAUCAAGAACGUCAAUGUCUUUGCCGGUGCCAUAGCGGACGUUUGCGGUAAUGCAAAGGGUCUCACUCGUCUAGCCACCGACGAGAAAAAGAGCGAUUCUCUGAUCAAUGGCGCCCGCCAGUCCGCUCAAGCAACAGUCAAGUUUUUCCGCAGCCUGCUGAGUUUCCGGUUGGAGGGCAUGGAUCCGUUGCAGAAGACGGACGUUGUUAUCAACAGCAACCACGAGGUGCAGAUGGAUCUGCAGAGGCUCAACAAGGUGGUUGAGGGCUUCGCACCAGGCUUUGGCAAGCUUGCUAACAAGGGCGACCUGGGCGAGAUCGUCGACCAAGAGCUGAGCAAGGCGGCCGAUGCCAUUGAAGCAGCGGUGGCUCGUCUGAACAAACUAAAGAACAAGCCCCGUGAUGGGUACUCGACCUACGAGCUCCGCGUGCACGACUCCAUCCUGGACGCUGCCAUGGCAAUUACUACGGCCAUUGCGCAGCUCAUCAAGGCUGCCACCGUCACCCAGCAAGAGAUUGUGCAAGCCGGACGAGGCUCGUCAUCACGGACGGCGUUCUACAAGAAGAACAACAGGUGGACGGAAGGUCUCAUCUCGGCCGCCAAGGCAGUCGCAUCAUCGACUAACACGCUGAUCGAAACGGCCGAUGGCGUUCUCUCUAACCGCAAGAGCCCAGAGCAGCUGAUCGUGGCAUCCAACGAUGUGGCUGCAUCCACGGCCCAGCUUGUGGCCGCAAGUCGUGUCAAGGCUGGCUUCAUGAGCAAGAGCCAAGAGAACUUGGAGCAAGCCAGCAAAGCGGUCGGUGCCGCUUGUCGCGCUCUCGUUCGCCAAGUCCAGAGCAUGAUCAAGGACCGCAAUGCCGACGAGGACCAGGUCGAUUACUCGAAGCUAGGAGCGCACGAGUUCAAGGUGCGCGAGAUGGAUCAGCAGGUGGAAAUACUUCAACUCGAGAAUGCUUUGGCUGCUGCCCGUCACCGGCUCGGCGAGAUGCGCAAGAUAUCGUAUCGGGAGGAGUAGGACAAUCGGCUCUAGCGCAUCCCUCGGUAUGUACAGUACAUACAUACCACCUGGGGGACCGUUGUUGGAACUCGAAGCAGCGCUUGAUUCCUAUCCAAAAUUCU